GCGGCGCGGCGUCGCGCGCGAUGUCGAUCCUCGAGCGCCUCGACGAGCGCGACGUGCUUCCCCGGCCCGGGUUCGACGGGGACGACCAGUGGGGCUCGGUUCGUUGCCAUUUGGUGUUUACGCACAGGACGGGGCGCGCGUUCGUCUCCGCGCCGGCGCUCGCGGCGGCGUCGUAUGUCGGAAAAGGUGUCGGACAAGGUGUCGGACACGCGCCGGCGCGGGGCAGCCGAGCGGGCCACUACGGCGUGACGUUCGCCGGAGCCCCCGCCGGCGGAUGCACGUACCAGGUGCUGCCUCGGAGGUCGCACACGUGGGGCGCGGGUGGUUUCGGCGAGUACGACCCGGGCGAUACCGUCGCGCGUCCGAUUCGAGUCGUCCUGUUCGACUGCGUCGUGGCUGUUGGUCACAGCGUUUUGGUGACGGUGCCGGCGCGGGCGCUGGUGGACGCGCACGAGGCUGCGGAACGUAGCGUGCGGCACGAGCUGAAAGAGUUCCUCGCGGAGAAGGAGGGUAAGCGGCUCGUCGAGGAGGCAACGCGUGCUAGGUUAGAUCCGUACGAGUAAGAGUAAGAGACGCGCGAGUAGAAGCGGCGCGCGGCGCUGGAGAGGUUGGAACGCGAGGAGGAACGGAAACGGCGGGAGGAGGAGUUCCUGGCGAGGUACCGCGGGAAGUGAGGGACGGCGAUGGCGAGCUGGAGGAUGGGCAUUAAUCACGACUCUCAUUAAUUC